ACAUCUGUCCGGGUACUGGGACUCGGGGGAGGAAUCAGAUGGCGGCACGGUACGGCGGUGGGAAGGUUUGAAGAGGCCGUUGCACGGUCCCCAGCACAUUCGUACUGAAGGAGUUCGAGGGGAGUGGGGCGAUGAACGAGUCGGAUGUCAAGCCGCUCGGGCGUGGCGGUUAUCACUGUUCACUCUGCGAUAUCCGAGUUCCCAACAGUCCCUCCCUAACUGAACACAUUAAAGGAAAGAAACAUCAAAAGCUUUUGAGUGUGAGGAAUACCAGGAAGUUGCAGCAAGAGAAGAGUGUGUUUGUUAGUGGUUUCCAAAAAGGCACAUCGAACUUGGAGAUAACAGAUUACUUUCAAAACUUUGGCACAGUUGCAAGCGUGAUAAUGGACAAGGACAAAGGAUUAUAUGCAAUUGUUGAGAUGGAAAGUAAUGAAGAAGUGGAAAAAGUGCUGUCUAUCCCACAACACGCCAUGAACGGUCAGAAGCUAAGAGUGAAACAGAGAGAGUAUAAGGAAUUUAAGUAUAUUCCAAAGAAAAAGCAGGAUCCUGGGAAAAAACUGUUCAUAGAUUUUGAAGAAUUGUCUUUGGCUCUCUGUCAAGCAGUUGAUGUUGAUGAACAGUUGAAGAAGUUGUUGGAGUUGUUUGAGUUUACAGACGAUGAAAGAAUGCUUAGGAAGCUGAUUGUGUCACUAUUACAAGAGGUCUUUUUAGAAUUCUUCCCAGGUUGUAAAAUCUUGCCCUUUGGGUCAUCAGUGAAUGCCUUUGAUAUUCAUGGCUGUGACAUGGAUCUCUUUCUGGAUCUUGAAAAUACAAAGACUUACCAGGCAAAUGCCAAUGCUACAGAUAAGACUGAAUUGCAGGGUGUUAAAGAUGUUAAACAGGAUGCUCAGUCUGAAAGCCAACCUGAGGAUUCGAUCUUAUCGGACAUUGACUUGAAAACGUCUACAACACCUGAAAUACUUGAACUUGUAGCCACAGUGUUACAGAAGUGUGUUCCAGGUGUUCACAAGGUUCAAGCUGUUACAACUGCCAGGCUACCUGUGGUGAAAUUUAUUCAUAAGGAAUCAGGCUUGCAAGGAGACAUCUCUAUUAAUAAUAGAUUGGCUGUACGUAACACAAUGUUUCUUCAGCUGUGUGCUUCAUUGGAUCCAAGAGUGAGGUCUCUGGUUUAUGCUAUUCGCCAUUGGGCAAAACAGAAACACUUGGCUGGAAAUCCUUUUGGAGGGGGGUCGUUGAUGAAUAAUUAUGCAGUUACUCUCUUAGUUGUGUUCUUCCUUCAGAACCGAACAUCUCCAGUUCUUCCCACUGUGAACCAUUUGAAAGAGCAUGCAGGUGAGGAAGACCAGUGUAUAAUUGAUGGCUGGGACUGCACUUUUCCAAGAGAUUGCUCUAAAAUUGAAGCCAGUAAAAACACUGAAAGUUUAUGUGUACUACUUGCAGAGUUCUAUAAGUUUUAUGCUGAAUUUGACUACGCUGGAACUGUCAUUUCAUUGAAGGACGGCAAAGUUCACCUUGUAACUGACUUUAUUGGUCCUGAUUCUGAUAAAAAAUUUAAAAUUGGUCCAAUUAAUAUCCAGGAUCCAUUUGAACUGAGUCAUAAUGUUUCAGGAAAUGUCAAUGAAAGGACAGCACAAAGGUUUAAGCGGCAGUUGGAUGAAGCCUGCAAAUACUGUCGAAGCCUGCAGUACCAGAGAAAAUCUAACAAAGGGAAGGUCUGGGGUAUAGUCAGAUUGUUUCAACCUUUAAGUAGUACUGACUGUUCCCCUGCAUCUUCUCCACUUGGAGAUCAUAGUCCAGGCAAAGAAAUGAGCGAUGGUGAGAAUAUGUUGAGUAUCCCCUUUAAACUGUCAUGCCUUUCCGAGCAAACAAGGGAAAGACUACAUGGAUCUCCAGAUUUUAGAGAAGUUUGGUUUGACAAAGUGUGUCAUGCCGUUAUAUAUGUAAUGGAGUCUGUCCUUAAAUGCAGCUGUUCAUUUACUGGGGAAAAUGAUGUACAGAUCAACGAUGCCAAGAUCCCUAGUUUGGGUGAAGCUAAGAUUAAAGAAGAAGAGAUCAACUUUGGGUUGAAGAGACCAUAUCCUGUGGAAGAGUUAGCAGAAACAUCAAAUGCCAAAAGAGCAAAGACUGAAGUUCUGUUGUACAAAGGAGAAGUAACUUGGAAGUGUGCUGUUUGGAACAGAAUAUGGAUUGGACGGAGAAAAAUUAGACGUCAGCUUCGUUACAGAACAAAUGAAUCUGAUGCAGAUGAUCACUCAGUUACCAGUUCCUUAGAAACUGAGGCAAAAGUUACUGAAGCUAUAUUGCAGCAGGAGGGGAUUGGAGAUAAAUCUAGUCCAUUAAUAACAUUUAAAUUAAGUGCCUUUCUGGUUGGAGGUAAUGAAGACACGAGGACUGUGAUCAGAGUUGCACCAAUUCCAGACUGUACUUUAUUUGUAGAAUUCUUCCAUUUCCUGAAAUCGUUUGUUCCCAAGAUGGCUGAAAAGUGCAUUGAAAAUUUUGACUAGAAUAUUAAAGAUGUGUCAUUUAAUGUAUCUUCAUUUUAAUAGCUAUUUUGUAAACAAAAUGAACUGCUUUUUGAAAUAUGGGAAUUUUUUUUGCCCAUUGAAUAGUUUAUAAGUUUCUCAGAAAAACAGUAAAUCUGAACAAGAGAAGUUCUUUAUUUUGAGUUGCUAAAGUAAGCAUUUGUGUUGGAAACGUAGAAUUGGAGGAAGCAAAAUUAGGGCAAGUCUAACAAAAGCUCAUUGCAUCAAAGUUUUGUAUCAUUUAUGUUGACGAGUGGCUUCAUGCUUACACACAGCCAACAUGAGUUGGGGUUAUUUGGAUAGAAAUCUGUUAGAUGUGUUUUCUCAGUGAGAGGGAUAUUGGAGAUUAAAACUUAUGAGACUAAUUUUCUCUGUUGAAAUGGAAUGUCUGUUCUGUUUAAGGACAGAACAUGGCUGUAGUUUGGAGUAUUUUCUAUUUAGUUAAUAAUUCCGCAUAUGACUAUGUAGAGCAAUCUUGUUAUGCAAUGUAUUCAAAUUUAACUGAACAUUAAUUUCUAUUUGUAAAGCUCCUUUAACAUUGCAAAAUUUCUCAUGGUGCUUUGCAGGAAUGUUAUCAAACAAAAAUGAAUGCUGGGCUACUACUAAGGAUGUGAUCAAAAACUGUGAAAGCACUUAGGCUAUGGGUGCCUUAAAGGAAGAGAGUUAGAAAGGUGGAAAGGCUUAUGGAGCAUAUUCCAAAACCUAAAAGUACUGCUGCUAAUGAUAGAGCAAGUAAGUUUGAGAAUGUUUGAGGCCAGAAUUGGAGGAUCACACAUAUCUCAGGAUGUUACAAAACAAAUAGAGAUUAAGGUGAUAAAAGUGAGGCCAUGAAGGUAUUGUCAUUUACUUAUUAGCAGUUAUCGGAAUUCUAAAUACAAACUGAUUUGUAUCAACAGUAAGUUUUGUUUUUGUGAAAUACUCUUUUUAAGUACAUUUUCUGUGAUUCAUGGUCCAGCUCUGUUCUAUUGUAGACUACAUGAUGCUUUGCAUUAUCCUUUUCUAAACUGGCCAAAGAGUUUUGAUUACUGAUUCUUGUACUUGGCGUCAAUAAAGAUACACAGAAUGUACUUUUCCAAACAAAUGA